AUGGCCAAGUCUUUGAAGGAGCUGGGUGAAAUGAUUCAGCGUUCGGAAGCAAAUGUCCGCGCUGAUAUGCAAGACUUGAAAGGAGAGAUGAGAAGAAUGACUGCUACAGUAGAAAAAGUUACAAAAAUAGCAGAACAUGCAAAAGAGGUAGCUGAUGCAAACGUAAACAAAAUAGAAUCUCUGACAAAAAGAAUUUCACAAAUGAAUGACAGACAGCGCAGAAGGAAUUUAAAAUUCUCUGGUAUUUCUGAAUAUAUUGGGAAUAAGGACCUGGAAAAGGAGAUGUUAGAAUGGCUCAAAGAACAAGGAAUUGAAAUUGAGCAGAAUGAAAUUGAGAGAGUGCACCGGGUGUUCACAUCACGAGGAGGCUCUGGACUACCCAGAGAUGUAAUCAUGGCAUUCACAAGAGAGAAGUUAAGAGAUCAAAUUUAUAAAUCACUCCGGCAGAAUGCAGACCUGCAGUUUAAACAGCGAAAGGUCAUAGUGAGACACGAUUUUUCUCAGGAAACGCUUCAAGACAGGAAACAUAUGCAGCAGUUUGCACAAGCUCUCUACAAUUAUAAAAUCCUCUUUACCUGGGCCUACCCUGCUACACUGCUGGUUUUUAGAGACGGCAGGAAAUAUUCUAUUCUUUUCUAG